AUGUUUCCCAUGGCCAAAAAUGCUCUAAGUUGUCUCCAAGAUCAAAGCAUCAUGCAGCAAGCAAUGGCAAUGCAGAACCACCAGGAACAGACACCUGAUUUCCAUUACAAAUAUGGUAACACUGUAUUAGCUAGUGGAGCCACUUUCUGUGUUGCUUUGUGUGCAUAUGCAGCAACACAAACUGGAAUAGAAUGCAUUUUGUCCCCUGCUGGCAGCAUCACCCCAAAGGAAUGGAGAGAUCAGUAG